UCCGGCCGCGGCCGCCGCCGCCGCCAUCUGUCACAUCAUCUCCGGCACCGGCAGCGGGUUGCCUCUGUCCCGCACGUUGCUUCGGCGGAGCCCGCUCCUCGUCCUGCCAUCUCUCGGCUCCGUUCUCGUCUCUGCCUUCGUCUCGGAAUGGAUCUGGUCGGAGUGUCUUCACCUGAGCCCGGACCCGCUGCCCCCUGGGGACCCAGUAAGUGCCCCUGGGCUACUCCUUCAAACACAGUGUCCUGUUCACUGACUGAGGUGAUGAGCGAAGAGUUGGCUAAAGAGCUACAGUUGGAAGAAGAGGCGGCCGCCUUCCCUGAAGUUGUUGUUGCUGAAGGACCAUUUAUUUCUGGCGAAAACGUUGACACUUCCAGUGAUCUAAUGCUGGCUCAGAUGCUACAGAUGGAAUUUGACAGAGAAUAUGACGCACAGCUUAGGCGUGAAGAAAAAAAGUUCAAUGGUGAUAGCAAAGUUUCCAUUUCAUUUGAAAACUAUCGAAAAGUGCAUCCUUUUGAAGACAGUGACAGCUCUGAAGAUGAGGUUGACUGGCAGGACACCCGCGAUGACCCCUACAGGCCAGCAAAGCCAGUUCCUACUCCCAAAAAGGGCUUUAUUGGAAAAGGAAAAGACAUCACCACUAAGCACGAUGAAGCACUGUGUGGAAGAAAGAACACAGCGAGAAUGGAAAAUUUUGCACCUGGCUUUCAGGUAGGGGAUGGAAUUGGGAUGGAUUUAAAAUUAUCCAACAACGUGUUCAAUGCUUUAAAACAACAUGCCUACUCGGAAGAGCGUCGAAGUGCCCGUCUCCAUGAGAAGAAGGAACAUUCUACCUCUGAAAAAGCAGUUGAUCCUAAGACACGCUUACUUAUGUAUAAAAUGGUCAACUCUGGACUGUUGGAGACAAUCACUGGCUGUGUUAGUACAGGAAAGGAAUCUGUUGUCUUUCAUGCAUAUGGAGGGAGCAUGGAGGAUGAAAAGGAAGAUGGUAAAGCUAUACCCACAGAAUGUGCCAUUAAGGUAUUUAAAACAACCCUUAAUGAGUUUAAGAAUCGUGACAAAUACAUUAAAGAUGAUUUCAGGUUUAAAGAUCGCUUCAGUAAACUAAAUCCACGUAAGAUCAUCCGCAUGUGGGCAGAGAAAGAAAUGCACAAUCUCACAAGGAUGCAGAAGGCUGGAAUUCCUUGUCCAACAGUUGUACUGCUUAAGAAGCACAUUUUAGUUAUGUCUUUCAUUGGCCAUGAUCAAGUUCCAGCCCCUAAAUUAAAAGAAGUACAGCUUAGUGAUGAGGAAAUGAGAGACGCCUACUAUCAGACUCUUCAUGUGAUGCAGCAGCUGUACAACGAAUGUGCCCUUGUGCACGCUGACCUCAGCGAGUAUAACAUGCUGUGGCAUGCUGGGAAGGUCUGGUUGAUUGACGUGAGUCAGUCAGUGGAACCAACCCAUCCCCAUGGCCUGGAGUUCCUCUUCCGCGACUGUAGGAAUGUUUCUCAGUUUUUCCAGAAAGGAGGAGUAAAGGAAGCGCUUAAGGAGCGGGAGCUGUUCAAUGCUGUUUCUGGCCUGAACAUUUCAGCAGACAAUGAAGCUGAUUUUUUAGCUGAGAUAGAAGCUUUGGAGAAAACGAAUGAAGACCAUGUUCAGAAGAAUGGAAGAAAAGCAGCCUCGUUCCUGAAAGACGAUGGAGAGCCCCCUGUGCUGAAUGCAGAAUAG